AUCAAAUAUCGGCGUCGCUUCGUUUCGAGCGGCUUCAUUUCGAAUCUGGAUUUUGUUGGCGACGCUCUAAUUUGUUUAUUCGUUGUUUGUUAAUUGUGUUAAGUGUUUAGUUAGUCGUUGUGUUAAUGGGCCACUAAGUUCGCUGCGUGCCCGUUUGUAUUUAGAGCCAGUUUUUUCUGUUUUUGGCCAGCGUUCGCAAUGAGCGCCUUUGAGAUCACAGUGACGCCUUCACGCCUCAAGCAAAAGAAGCGCGCAGAAGGACGCGAGCCUGCCGUGGUGGUCAUGGCCCCCUUCUCCGCCAAGGCCAUUGUGCAGUUCGAGGAUGUGCCGGUAACCAAGACAGCCAGGCGCCAGGUGCGCGUCCUCAAUCCCAGCGACGAGGACAUCGAGGUCAAAGUGAUGAAGGCCAUCCGGGAGGAGCACAACCUGAGCCUCGAGUGGCUGGAGCACACGGUGCCCGCGCGCGAUGAGGUGUCCAUGGAGCUGGUGUGGAGCCCCCAAAUCGAGGUGGCCUGCAAGGAGACGCUGCAGCUAAUCGACAACCGCAAUUUUCGCAAGGAUGUGAUGAUCAUACUCAAGUCCAAGAGUAACCAGCCGGUCAAGACUGCGCGCAAAUUUCCCACCGUCGGCAAGACCCUGCAGCUGAAAUCGCCGACAGGCGCUGGCAAAACAAUGAAGAGCAUAGUGACGGCUGCCAUGCAGCAAAAGAAACGACUGUCAGCGGCAGCAGCUCCUGCCUCCAAGCAGCACUGGCGAGCUACCGCUCCUGCACGUCCUGCCGCCCGUCAAAAUCCUCCUGUUCAGGCUCCAUUGGCCGAGAAGAAUGUAUACAAGCAGCCAAAGGAAGAACCUGUUUACAUUUCGCCACAGCCGCGCAGCCUCAAGGAGAACCUCAGUCCCAUGACGCCGGGCAAUCUGCUCGACGUGAUAGACAAUCUCCGGUUCACUCCCCUCAACGAUACUCGUGCCAUGGGAUCAGCUGCCAUUUUGCCGGACAACUUGGCUGCCUGGCCGACUCCCACACUUGCAGGUAAUGCAAAACUAAGUGCCACCGAGAUGCGACCACGUAGGAUCACUACUGAUGAUCUAGAAGAUCAGCCAGCCACAAACAAAACCUUCGAUGUGAGGCAUUCAGAGACCAUAAACCUUUCCCUGGACACUUUGGACUGCUCCAAAGGCGAGGGACAAAUGCAGACGCCCUUGAACAAAACCACCACCAUCGUUCAUGCCACGCAAACCAGAGCACUGGCCUGCAUUCGCGAGGAGGAAGGGCCAAGUCCUCCGAGAACGCCCACAAAGAGCGCCAUUCACGAUCUGAAGAGGGACAUUAAGCUGGUGGGCUCACCACUACGAAAAUACUCGGAGUCCAUGAAGGACUUGUCGUUGCUAUCGCCGCAAACAAAGUACGCAAUCCAGGGCUCCAUGCCUAAUCUUAAUGAAAUGAAGAUCCGUUCGAUCGAGCAGAAUCGCUACUACCAGGAGCAACAGCCCCAGAUAAAAGGCAAGGACUUGAAUAGCUCCUCCAGCAGCGAGGCCAGUUUGGUGGGCCAGCAAGAGUUUCUGUUUAAUCACAAUGAAAUCCUGGCUCAGUCAAGUCGCUUCAAUCUCCACGAGGUGGGUCGAAGGUCACUCAAAGGUAGUCCGGUAAAGAAUCCGAAUCCCCACAAGCGCCGCUCUCAUGAACUGAGUUUCUCGGAUGCACCCAGCAACGAGUCCCUGCACCGGAACGAGACGUUGGCCAUCUCACCGCCCAAGAAGCAACGGGUGGAGGACACCACUCUGACGAGGAGUGCAGCGCCAGCCAAUGCAUCCGCUCGGAGCAGUAGUGCCCACGCUUGGAGCGCCACCCAGUCCAAGAAGUUUAAACUGGCGCAAACCAUGUCGCUGAUGAAAAAGACCACCACUCCGCGAAAGGUCAGGGAUACUGGAGUUCAAGCGCCUGUCAAGCUUUACGACUCGGAGCUGUAUAUGCAGACGUAUAUCAACCCUGAUCCCUUUGCGGCCACCACUACAACGGAUCCCUUCCUGGCAUCCACCAUGUAUCUGGACGAGCAGGCUGUAGAGCGACAUCAAGCGGACUUUAAGAAGUGGCUGAAUGCCCUGGUUUCCAUACCCGCAGACCUGGAUGCGGAUUUGAAUAGCAAAAUAGACGUGGGCAAGCUGUUUAACGAGGUGCGCAACAAGGAGCUGGUGGUGGCCCAAACCAAGGAGGAGCAGUCCAUGAACUACCUAACGAAAUACCGCCUGGAGACGCUGCGCAAGGCAGCCGUGGAGCUGUUCUUCAGCGAGCAGAUGCGACUGCCCUGCUCCAAGGUGGCCGUGUACGUCAACAAACAGGCUCUCCGCAUCCGCAGCGACCGCAAUCUCCACCUGGACGUGGUCAUGCAGCGCACCAUCCUGGAGCUGCUGCUCUGCUUCAACCCUCUCUGGCUGCGCCUUGGACUGGAAGUGGUCUUUGGAGAAAAGAUCCAAAUGCAGUCCAACCGAGACAUUGUGGGCCUCAGCACCUUUAUUCUCAAUCGCUUGUUCCGGAACAAGUUCGAGGAGCAGAGGUACAGCAAGGCCUACACUCUCACCGAGGAGUACGCAGAGACUAUCAAGAAGCAUUCGUUGCAGAAGAUCCUCUUCCUGCUGCUCUUCCUCGACCAGGCCAAGCAGAAGCGCAUCGUCAAGCACAAUCCUUGCCUGUUUGUUAAGAAGUCGCCGCACAAGGAGACCAAGGACAUCCUGCUGCGCUUCUCCUCAGAGCUGCUGGCCAACAUUGGGGACAUCACGCGGGAGUUGCGUCGCCUGGGCUACGUGCUUCAGCAUCGGCAGACUUUCUUGGACGAGUUCGACUACGCCUUCAACAACCUGGCUGUGGAUUUGAGGGAUGGUGUAAGGCUUACCCGAGUUAUGGAGAUCAUUCUGCUGCGCGAUGACCUCACCCGGCAGUUGAGGGUGCCAGCUAUCUCCCGCCUCCAACGGAUCUUCAAUGUAAAACUGGCUCUGGGUGCCCUUGGCGAGGCCAAUUUCCAGCUGGGCGGUGACAUCUCAGCCCCGGACAUCGUAGACGGGCAUCGCGAGAAGACACUCUCGCUGCUCUGGCAGAUUAUCUACAAGUUCCGCUCGCCCAAGUUUCAUGCGGCGGCUGCGGUGCUUCAGAAAUGGUGGCGUCGUCGCUGGCUGUACGUGGUCAUCCAGCGGCGCAUUCGCCACAAGGAGCUGAUGCGUCGACACCGAGCUGCCACAGUCAUUCAGGCCGUGUUCCGUGGUCACCAAAUGAGGAAAUACGCCAAGCUGUUCAAGGCGGAACGCAUACAGGCCGCCAUAGUCCUUCAGAAGUUCACACGUCGUUAUUUGGCGCAAAAGCAGCUGUACCAGAGCUAUCACAGCAUCGUCACCAUCCAACGUUGGUGGCGAGCCCAGCAGUUAGGUAGGGAAUGCCGCCGGCGGUUCCUAGAGCUCCGACAGGCCGCCAUCUUCCUGCAGCGCAUCUGGCGACGCCGCCUCUUUGCCAAGAAGCUCUUGGCGGCGGCGGCCACAGCUCGACUUCAGCGAUCCCAGAAGCAAAAGGCAGCUGCCAGCUACAUCCAAAUGCAAUGGCGAAGCUAUCAGUUGGGCAAAAUUCAGCGCCAAAAGUUCCUGCGCCAAAGGGAACUCAUCGUCCUCGUACAGCGCAGGAUGCGGGGCAAGUGGAGUAUGCUGAAGCAGCGGAAGGAGUUCCGGCAGCUAAAACAGGCGGCCAUCAAUGUGCAGCAACGCUGGAGAGCAGAGCUAUCGAUGAGGAAGCAUCGAGCUUACUACUUGGCACUCCGCGCCGCCGUCCUUACGGUCCAGGCUCAUAGGAGAGCCACAAUCCAGAUGAGGAUCGAACGUAACAACUACCAAUUACUACGUAAGAGUGUCAUUUGCUUGCAGCAGCGCAUGAGGGCCAACUGGAAAAUGCGCGAGGAGAGGGAAAAGUAUCUGCAGCUUCGCUACUCCACUAUACUCAUCCAAAGACGCUACCGCUUGCUUCAACAGAUGAUCAGGGAUCGCAAUGCUUACCUGAAAGCCCGCCAGUGCAUCAUCAAUGUCCAGAGGCGCUGGCGAGCAACUGUGCAGAUGCGUCGCCAAAAGGAGAACUACGUUCAGCUGCAGUCCACCACCAGAUUCAUCCAAACGAAAUACCGUGCUAAGCGGCAGAUGCAAAAACAGCGAGAUGAGUAUCUCCGGCUGAAAAAGGCAGCUCUGGUAGUCCAACAACGACGGCGGGCUCUGUUGCAGAUGCGAAAGCAGCGACUGGAAUUCCUGCAACUUCGCGAGGUGACCAUAAAGCUACAGCGCAGGUUCCAUGCCCAAAAGGCCAUGAGGUUCAUACGAGCCAAGUACCGAGGCACUCAGGCCGCUGUUAGUUGCUUGCAGAUGCACUGGCGAGGGCAUCUCCUCAGGAAGCGGGAGAGGAGCAGAUUCUUGGAGCUGCGCCAGGCAGCCAUAACUCUGCAAAGACGUUACCGAGCUCGUCUGGCCAUGAUCAAGCAAUUGAAGAGCUAUAACCAGCUCAAAAAGGCAGCUAUCAUUGUUCAAACCCGGUAUCGAGCCAAGAAGGAGAUGCAGAAGCAGGUGGUCGUAUACCAAAAACAAAGGGAAGCCAUCAUCAAAGUGCAACAACGAUUCCGUGGCAAGCUGGAAAUGAGGAGGCAGAUGGGAGUGUACCAAAAGCAGCGCCAGGCUGUCAUCCGUCUGCAGAAGUGGUGGCGCAGUGUACGCGAAACGCGGCUUAUUAGCGCGGGUUACCGCAGGAUUCGACUCAGUUCAUUGAGCAUUCAGCGCAAGUGGCGGGCCACAGUUCAGGCUCGUCGCCAGCGGCAGAUCUUCCUGGACACCAUUCGCAAGGUGCGACUCCUGCAGACGUUUAUCAGAGCCACUCUGGAGAUGCGACAGCAGCGCAUGGAAUUUGAGAUGAAGCGGAAGGCAGCUUUGGCGAUACAGCGCCGGUUCCGUGCCCGCCAGGCCAUGCUAAGGGCACGACAGGAUUACCAGCUAAUCCGAUCCUCUGUGAUCCUGGUGCAGCGCAAAUUCCGCGCUAAUCGCAGUAUGAAACAAGCACGCCAGGAGUUUGUCCGGUUGCGAACUCUAGCCAUCCAUCUGCAGCAGAAGUUCCGUGGCAAGCGUCUGAUGGUGGAGCAACGUGAACGUUUCCUGCUGCUUCGCCGCACCAGUCCUCACUUCCAGGCCCGUGCCCGUGGCUUCAUGGCUCGCAAACGUUUCCAGGCCCUGAUGACACCCGAGAUGAUGGAACUAAUCCGCCAGAAACGCGCCGCUAAGGUGAUACAGCGCUACUGGCGUGGCCAUCUCACCCGGAGACGACAGAGGCACCAAGGUCUUUUGGCCAUCCGAAAACGCCUUAUUCUGCUGAGGGAGGAGGCGACGGCGGUCAACUCUGUGCGCUGCAAAGUCCAGGAGGCGGUGCGAUUCCUUCGGGGACGCUUCAUUGCCUCGGACGCCCUGGCUGUCUUAAACCGUUUGGAUCGUCUUUCGCGCACUGUACCACACCUGCUGAUGUGGUGCUCGGAGUUCAUGUCCACAUUUUGCUAUGGAAUCAUGGCGCAGGCCAUUCGCUCGGAGGUGGACAAGCAGCUGAUCGAGCGCUGCAGCCGGAUCAUCCUCAAUUUGGCCCGCUACAACAGCACGACGGUGAACACGUUCCAGGAGGGUGGCUUGGUGACCAUUGCCCAGAUGCUGUUGCGCUGGUGCGACAAAGACAGUGAAAUAUUUAACACGCUGUGCACCCUCAUUUGGGUCUUCGCCCACUGUCCCAAGAAGCGAAAGAUCAUUCAUGACUACAUGACCAAUACAGAGGCCAUUUACAUGGUGCGAGAGACCAAGAAACUGGUGGCCCGCAAGGAGAAGAUGAAGCAGAACGCCCGCAAGCCUCCGCCCACCUCUUUCGGACGUCAUCAGACCCAAAAGAUGAACUUCACGCCGAGUGCCCUGCCCAGCCUGGAGCCGGACUUCGGCAUCAUCCGCUAUAGCCCCUACACGUUCGUCUCGUCCGUUUUCGCCUUCGACACAAUUCUGUGCAAGCUGCAGAUCGACAUGUUCUAGUUCUAGUAAGAUUCGUAAUGUUAAAUGUUUGAAACGUUUCUGUGUUGUAUUUAAAAUAUUAAGAUGAAUUGUUAGACCAAGCUAGUUUUACCGAGACAAUCGCAAAUAAAUUAAGGAAACCACAAUGUAAAAUAAAAGUUUAAGUAAGAAUGUAUAUGCUGUAAAAGAAUACUGUAACUAAAAGUUUAUUACUAGAACUAAGUUUUUUUUUACGAGAAACCACAAUCGGAGCUAAACAAUAAAUCAGAUAUUUGAAAGUCACAA